CACACUGCACGCGGACAGGCGCGGCGGGGGGAAACAGCAACUUCACCUUGUCUCUCUAAAAGCCGACGCUGUCCACACAGGACGAGUAAGGUCAGACACAACCGCGGGGGGAGGAUGAAGUAGUUAAUUUAAAAAAAGAAAAGAAAAGAAAAGAAAGAAAGAAAGAAAAAACAGGUGUCAUCCAGUCAGCUUUCAUCCUGCUGUUCGAGCUCCAGUCCUGCGCUUCCCGUGAUAUGAAAACACUCAGCACGCGCCUGGUUCCGUCGCAUUCACUCGCUGUCCACGAGCAGCCACGAUGGUUAAAUGUCCUGUUUAAUGGUCGAGAGGUGUGGAGCUGUCACAUUUAAAAGGUCGGAGCAGAAUGCCAUACAAGUUCGCAUGCUGGCUGAUGGCAGACUGAGCACUGGUCAUGCUGGUGUGUUGCUGGCGGAGAGACGAGGCUCCUACCCGCUGAUUGACCUGCACAUCCUGAAAACCAAUGUCCAGCAGGGGGAGGUAGAGACUGGCACCAGGAGAAAGGUGAAGCGUCUGCUGAGCUUCCAGAGGUACUGCCACGCCUCCAGGCUGCUGAGGGGGUUGGUGCCCCACACCCCCGGGUCGCUGCACUUGCUAGACGACGACUACCUUGGACAGGCAGGGCACAUGCUAUCAAAAGUAGGCACAUGGAACUUUGACAUUUUCCUCUUCGACCGUCUUACAAAUGGUAACAGCUUGGUGACUCUGAUGUGCCAUCUCUUCAAUGUCUACGGCCUCAUUCAUCACUUCCAGCUGGACAUGGUCAAACUGCACAGGUUUCUGGGCAUGGUGCAAGAGGACUACCACUCCCAGAAUCCCUAUCACAAUGCUGUUCAUGCGGCGGAUGUCACUCAAGCCAUGUACUGCUACCUGAAGGAGCCCAAGCUAGCAGAGCAGCUGAGCCCCCUGGACGUGUUCCUGGGUCUGAUGGCAGCAGCUGCCCACGAUGUGGACCAUCCUGGAGUCAACCAGCCCUUCCUCAUCAAGACCAGACACCACCUGGCAUCACUCUACCAGAACACAUCUGUGCUGGAGAGUCACCACUGGAGAUCCACUGUAGGCAUGCUGCGAGAGUCAGGACUGCUGUCCCACUUGCCUGCUGACAUGUCGCAAGACAUAGAGCAGCAGCUGGGCUCUCUCAUCCUGGCUACAGACAUCAGCCGGCAGAACGAGUUCCUGCUGACCUUCAGAGAACACCUGGGCAACCAGGACCUGGACCUUCAACUGGCUUCACAUAGGCACUUUAUGCUGCAGAUUGCUCUGAAGUGUGCAGACAUCUGUAACCCGUGUCGGAUUUGGGAGCUUAGCAAACAGUGGAGUGAGAGGGUGUGUGAGGAAUUCUACAGGCAGGGUGACCUGGAGAGAAAGUUUGACUUAGAGAUCAGUCCUCUGUGUAACCAGCUGGCUGACUCUGUCCCAGUCAUCCAGAUAGGUUUUAUCUCCCACAUUGUGGAGCCUCUGUUUGAGGCGUGGCACCGCUUCACCGAGCCCAGCCUGCUCAGCCAGACCAUGAUGGAUCACCUGCACAAGAACAAGGCCCGCUGGAUCCGCCAACGAUACGCACACACACCUUUUGACACGCAUGCACACUCCCACGCUGACGAGCCCGAGCCUGAGGGAGGAGGCGGAGAGGGAGAAAGCAUCCCUUAAUCUUUCCCUCGUUUCUCGGGGUGUUUCAUCUUCCUUUGUAAAUGGAGAAGAGGAGUGCUUAUCAACCUCCUCGUUUGUCCUCCAGCAUAUUUUCCUCCCACUCCUGGGAGUUCACAGGCUCUGACAGUGGGAGUGCAGGCUGAGAGUCUGACUUGGAUUAAUGAGAAAUGGCUCCCUCUUUUGGAGGGAGAAGAGAAGGACUGUAGCACUGCGGGGGGAAAAAAAAAAGAUGGAGACAGAUCCAUGGUAGAGGAGAUGGAUGGAUAAUCUUAGUAAAUAAAUGCCAAUUUGACAAAGUCAUGCCUUGCUCUUUAACCCUGUGAUAUCUGCUUUAAAGUUUCUGAGAAGCAGGAGUAGAUAUGGAAGGGUUAUGGCUAAUGGCAGAAGAGGGAUCAGCAAAGACAAAUAUUAAUGUGUUUGCACAAUGCUGCUAGAACAAUGAGGAAAAGCCAAAAUUAUAUACAAUUCUAACAAGUCAGCUGGACUGUUCUGGCAAAGAUGUUAUAAAAUAUAUGAAAAAAUAAGAGGAAUAUAUGAAUAUAUAAAACUAUACUAUGCUUUUUAAACUUUUAGACAAUACAUAUUAAGCUCUUUUCACUUUUUCUCUUUUUUGUACAGCUUGCACUUCUAUUGGAUGCUCUUUCAUACAAGUGUCUCACUUGUCUACUUUUCACUGAAAUUUGUUUUAACUCAAGCACUAACUUGGUAUGUCAAGGUAUUGUAAACUGUAACAUGUAUUCUGUUUUAACUGUGUAACCUGUAAGACUGACUUGUACAAUUAAUGAAGCAGCUUCAGCUGGUGUUGCUGAGCCGCUUGAACUGUUAUCAGCCGUCAGCCAGAUGUUUUCAGACUUGAGCUGACUCACCGACGUGGAGAACACAAACAAGAGCCAUUAUUGUUUUUGGUUUGUUUUGUUUUUUUUUCUUUUCAUGUAGUGUUAUAAACAGUAUAAUCUGUAUAUACUGUGAUGUACGACCUCAGCACUUCACAUGCCAAAAUCUCAGCAAUGUGUUAACCUUCUUACUGGGUACAGAUACUGGGAAACAUAACUCUCCUUACACUGGUGUUACCUUUCUUACAACUUAAUGGGUGCAUUUAUUUAUCUGAUAACCUCACUUUACAAGCUCAUAUACAACAAAGCCUUAACAGCAACUUGGUCUGUCUGUGAAACACAUUUUGUAAUGGUGUUUUACCAUUUUCUGGACAAGCUUUCGUACACACUCAAAUUGUUGUUGCCUGUUUUUAUUCUGCCAUACCAGCAUACUGAAACACACACACACACACACACACACAGACACACACACACACACAUGGACGCACAGAGUACUGUAGCAGUUUGUUUCCUGUUUGAUCUCUCAACCAGUAUUAGGGUCAGAUUGGGCCGUACACUCAGUGAACAUUGCCAAGGUGCCAAUGUACAGUUCUGGUACAUUGACUCACUGCUCUGUUACCUCUCUAAGGAUUUUAUAUUGCUUUCUUUUUACACUUGCUGCAGGCACUGUGUGCACUGUAUCUUAUAAACAGACUUGGGCCAAUUAGUAACUACAGAUACCUAUAAUUCUAUUAUCUAAUUUAUUAUAUCCUGCAGUAAGUAUCUAGUCAAUUAAGAUGUUUGUCACCAUUGUUUAUCAUUAAAAAAAAUAUGUAUAAUUCAUUGUCUACAAUGGCACUUAUAUAUAUAAAAUCUCAUUGGUGAAACUGAUCCAUAUGUAGCUGAUGUAAUUUAAAGCAUAUAUUUAUACUAGUAUUUGUAAAUACUAGUUGGGCCAAGUGGAAGAUGUACUGAUAUAAAACAGUACUUUUUUUUUUUUUGCCACUCUGCUCUGAAUAUGUAUAGAUAAGGUUGUCACAUUUUAGAUUCACGUCCGGCAUGGUCGAGGCUGCGUACACACAGUGCUAACAGAGGCCCAGGCCCCACGUCUUCCCUGAACCAUAAUAGAAGAAUAACCUGAGCUUUAUGAAUCUAACAACCCAGCCAACCCACAAUAUGUUCUACAUGCGGUGUAUUCUAUAACAUUAUCGCAGUUCAAAAAUGGAAAAGCUACGCUCAUAAAAAGUUUAAAACCAGUGACAUGAUAAUGAAUUUCUGUGAGUUUUUAAAAACAUUACACUAACUAAGCCUUUUCUAUUAGGCGCAGUGCAAUAAAGUUAAGUCACUGGCCAAGUUGUUUGAAAGUGGCCGUAUUCAUAUCUAUCUAUAGCUCUGGUUAUUUAUAAAUUAUUCCUUUGUCCUCACUAUAGCACUCUGUUGGCUUUGCUGAAACUCCCAACUAUAUGUGAGCCACUUACAUGUCUGAAGUGCACACUGUUGUCAGUGUUUUUGAUGUCUCUACUUUCUUAGACUAUCUUUGAAAAGCCUGACACUGUUGACGGAUUCUAAGCUACAGACUUGCCUCUUCGAUUGACCGUAGUUACCGAGAAAGCUUUCUGAGGAAUUGAGUCUUGUUCGGAUUUUAUUUUUUAUUUUUGAAGACCUUCCUCCGAGUUCAGCCUUUGGAGUCAAGAGCAAACUUGUUUUUAAUUGUAAACGUAGAACAUUGAAACGUUACUUAACGCUACCUAAAACUGCAGUAUUUUAUUCUUUCUAACUGACAUGUUACUGCCGUAGUGUAGACGUAGUCAGGAUAGCGGGCCUCAGGCUGCCUUGUAUUUGAAUACCUCUCAGAAUCAGCACUGAUACAGGGUCACUGAGCCAUACUGGUUUUACUAACAAGUACAAAUAUGUACUGUAUGUCUUUAAUAAAAGUUUUUAUACCAGA